UGAAUAAGGAAACAGUGCUCGCAGUAGGCUUCGACUGAUGGGAUCUGUGGUGUUAUGACAACAUUUUAAUUUGUGAAACAGGUUUCAAAGCAACAGACUGAAACACUGCUUUGACUUAAUUUAUCCACGGAUAUUGCUAACAGUGCCUGGGAAACUACACUCAAGGCGCCUCUGCAGCCUAGGUCGAAUCCACAGAAAUCGAUUCCUAUUGUUUUGAAGAAGAUUAUGGACAUUCCCCCACCUAAUAUUCUCGAAGGCGACGAUGAAAUAGAGAAGAAGAAGUUGUGCUCUGCCGAUAAUGGCGAGGCCGGUGUUGGGGGGGCUAGUGGUGGGACUGGAGGUACAGGAAUUGGAGGGGUGUCCGCCUCCCUUACCCCUGCCAUCUGGGAGAAGACCAUCCCCUAUGAUGGGGAGACCUUCCACUUGGAGUACAUGGACCUGGAUGAGUUCCUGCAGGAGAAUGGCAUCCCAGUCACCCUAGAGGAGGAGCUGCAGAAGAGCCUGGCCCAGGAGGAAACCAAGGGGACAAGACCCCCUCUCACCACCUCUGACACAGAGACCGUCACACUCACCUUAGAGCCAGCUGAACAAGAGAAGGAAGAAGAAGAUGGGGACGAUGAAGAUGCUGUGUCUGGGUUUGACGCAGCGGAGGUUGAAGUGUCUAAAAAUAAAAAAGAGGGGAAGUCUGCAGACCGACUCACACCCACUCCUAUCGACCCAGAGGACAUUGAGGUGGACAUCAACUUCCAGCCGGACCCCACAGACCUGGUGCUGUCCAGCGUGCCUGGGGGUGAGCUGUUCAACCCACGCAAACACAAGUUCUCUGACGAGGACCUCAAACCACAACCCAUGAUCAAGAAGGCCAAAAAGGUCUUUGUGCCCACUGAGCAGAAGGAUGAUAAAUACUGGUCGAGGAGGAAGAAGAACAACGUGGCAGCCAAACGUUCACGUGACGCCCGGCGGCUGAAGGAGAACCAGAUCACAGUGCGCGCUUCGUUUCUGGAGAGGGAAAAUGCGGCGUUGCGGCUACAAGUGGCUGAGUUGCGAAAGGACUGUGGUCGCUGCAAGAACAUUAUGUCCCGAUAUGAAGCCAAAUACGGACCAUUGUAAGGGACAAACUUUGUCUUUCAAGAAAAGAACCGAAAAAUAAAAACGCCCCACAAAACACUGACAAAGAGAAUCUGAAUUGCACUGCUUUCAUGGUGAACACCGGUCACUACGUCAAGUUCUAGAUCCUUUCCAACACGACAGUGGAGGCAUGGAUACACACUGUCAGUGAGCCCGGCAGCAACAUGACGAGAGGUGGACACAAAGGGUUGUGGAGAGCGACUGGCUCCUACACAUACAGGGACUCAAUUACUACUAGUCAGGUCUUAUCACUGGCCAGACGAGUCAGAGAAAGCUGCUGGAGAAGUUACACACACAUUUAUACAGCGUAUUAACGGGUUGUUUUGUGGACCAAAGCAUGAACAUCAUCAGUGAUCAGUAGUCAAUAAUGAAAGUUGUCCCCCUGCCGCCCUCCUCCCACUGUUUGCAGUAACUGACUGUCUCCCUCCUCUGUUUCAAGUACUCAUGCAGAGGCUCUGAAGAAGAACAUGUGAACUCUUGAUUUAUUAAUAAUGGGGUAGGGGAGAAAACAAUGAAUAACAGACAGGACAGAUUGAGGGCUGCACCGCCAUGAUCUUACACAGAGGAAAUAAUUGAUAUUGGGGCGGUAGCGUAGUGGUUAGAGCAUUGGACUAGUAACCGAAAGGUUGCAAGUUCGAAUCCCCGAGCUGACAAGGUACACAUCUGUCGUUCUGCCCCUGAACACUGUUCCUAGGCUGUCAUUGAAAAUAAAAAUUUGUUCUUAACUGACUUGCCUGGUUAAAUAAAGGUAAAAUAAAAUAAAAAGAGAAAGGGCGAGAUAGUGGUGUUGUCUGGUCUUUGCUUGUACCACACUGAGGUGUGUGUGUGUAAAGAACUACAUAGUCUUCUCCCUGCACCACAUAGAUUGUGUUACCCCUGUUUUGCACUCAACCCUUCCAAGGCAACACCUUGUGGGUGAAGAUUAGAUAUAGGGGCGGGUACUUUUUUCCUAUUACGACAUGACCCACACACAUGCUUCUUGACCCACACACAUGCUUCUAAUAUCUUUCCCCAAAAAACAGUAUUCUGCUCAUAGGUCAGGCAUUAAUAAGGGCCCUCAAUGGUGGAGGGGUAUUUACUAUGUUUGUUGGUUUAUUUCAUUGCACACUGCAAGUAGAGGGCACUAUCUAUUUGUGCCUCCUGUAGUUUGUCUGGGAUUGAGAGUCAGUUAUUCUGUCAAUACCUGUUUUUUUUUUCAUCUUAAUUUACUGCUAUUCCUUAUGUUUGUUGAAUAGCUAUUAUGAUCAAUGCUGUAUUUUAACAAUACAUCUAUUGAUUGAUGUGCAACAAUCUGUCAGAUUUAUAUUUCUUUAGAGGAAAGAAAACAAUGACCCAAUGACUAAGCAGGGAUCUCAAUGGACAAACUGUGUUUUCUUUGUGUUUUUUUAUUUUUAAAACAGGUUUUCAACCAGAAUUUUACAGAAAUAUAUAUUUUUUUCUAAAGACAAUUUCCUAUUUACCUCAUCCAACACUUCCAUUGUUUAAUGCUCCUAUCUUAUUGGAUACCAAUAAUUUUGAAGGGUUGGUGUGCCUCCGACAAUAUUGACAGGAAUUGUGAGCACAAGAAAGGUGGCUUUGGUUAAGUUUGAUAAAAAAAUGUCAAGGUACAGAGUCGACGCAGAGUUCUGUUUGUCAAAGUGGCUGUGCCUCAAUUGUUGCAAAUACUACAUAGCAGACUGUUAAGUAAAGGGACUCAAUCUCUUAAGUGUCUGAUGAAUUUGUGUUCCUGUGCCGAUCUUCAUUAUUAUGCAUAUUAGAAUCAUACAUGUGGCAAUAAUAUGAAUUUUACUCUGCUUUGUUUCUGGUGUGUUUCUGUAAAAUAACUAUGAUAGACAAAAUGUUGAAAUGGCGCAAAGUAAUGUGUGCUUCCAAUUACGUUUCCCAGUAAUCCUGCUGCACGAAAAUGUGUUAAUGGUGUAAUGUUUGCAUCUGUUUUACACUAAGUGUAUGUACUUAUGUCUGUAAAUUAAAGGAUCAAAACAAAUA